CUGUGCCCGGGGCUCCAGCCCGCCGUCCUGCUCCGGGCACCGCGGCGUCGCUGGGGUCGGGCGGCUCCGUCGCGGCCGCGGGGCGUGCCGGCAACCGCGCGGCUCGAGUCCUGGCGUAGGCAGCGCGGGAGCGCCGCGCUCGGCCACCCGUUGUCCGGUGGGGCGCCGGGCUGCUGUUGGGCCCCGCGGCGCCCCGCCGGGUGUUGAGGAAGCAGAGGUUUGCACAAGCCGGUGGGCUGCACGUGACCCGGGGAGCAAGGCAGGAGGAACUGCCGGCGCCCCGCGCGGCGCCUCGGGUCCCCGUGCUGCGCGGCUGGCCAUGGCCCCCUGGCUGCCCACCAAGGAGGAGAAGUAUGGCGUGGGUGAGUGGGGCCUUUGUGGCUGAGCAGGGAGCCAGGGGCUGCGGGGUGAGCAGUGCCGGGUGGGGCGGUGGCGAUGCUCAGUAGUGAGAGUCGGGGGCCGGGUCCCCGCCGUGCUGCUGCUGGGUUUGGAAGGUCAGGGGCUGCAGGAUCGAGCGUAGAGUGGAUGGGGGCUGUGGGGCUGGUGAUGGGAUGGGCUGGGAGUCACGGAGCCAGGGGCCGAGCACCAGGGCAGAGUGUUGAGGCUGCACCUUUCCGAGGCUUGCUCAAGAUCUGUCCUCCCCUCUGUGCUGGGACUUGGGCUCAGCUGCAGGCACAUCUGUAGGGAUGGUCCCCUGCACGGGGUGCUCGGCUCCUGGACUCUUCAGCUCAUUAGUGACCGGUGCCAUGGACUGUGCUCGUUUCUGAUCUGCCUGUGGGGAGGUGCCUGUGCAGCCCAGAGCCAGCCCUGCCAUUUGCCCCUGGGCCAACUUGGGGCUCUGCUCCCAGUCCCUGCUCCUGGUCCCUGCAGCGGCUGUGGCAGAGCCCUGGCAGCCUCAAUCCCUGCCCUGGCCCCAGUCAGCCUCCCUGCAGCACCCCGAGGAACUUCUCUUUACACCACUCCUGCCCUCCCUGGUCUGUGCCUCUUCCCCUUUCUGGAGGGACCGUUUCCCAAGGCCCUGCCCUGUGCUGUGGGGGGGUCUGCCAGGGACCCCCUGGGCUUCCCUGUGGGAGGGCUGGGCCUGGCAGGGGGGUGAACAGGACUGGGGCCAGGGGCUGUGCAGGGUCCUCGUGCAGAGAGCAGGAGGGGUCCGUGGGGAGCUGAGGGCCCUCGGAGCUGCGAGGAGCCAGCAUGGCCAUGGGGCUCCAGCUGGGGGUCCCGGAUGAGCCAUGCAGAUCUGGGAGCACUGCAGUCCCUGGGAUGCAGGCUGGAGGUGAGGGGUGAGGUGUGAGGAGGGUCCCAGCAGGGAGCCACCAGCUGCAGGCACAUCUGUAGGGACGGUCCCCUGCACAGGGUGCAGCCCGUCCUGUGGUCAGGGCUGCCCCCUCCCGGAGCCGCAGUGGAGUCAUCACUGCAAAAAUAGCAGCAGGAGCAGAGCGGCUGCUGCUGCAGCAGGAAGCACCCCGUGCUAUUGCUCGCCCUGUGUAGGGCUGGGACUCUGUGCCUUGACCCCCAAAGCUCAGGGCUGAGCGAUGCCUGGAGAGGUGGCUCUACCCUAUGUGGGGGCCGAGUGAGAGGUACAUGGCCGCGGGGUCUCUGCUGGGCGGGGGCAGGACGAGGAGCCCCUGCUCACAGCUCCUGGCCCCUCUCUCUGCAGCCGUGUGGAACUUUCCCAGUGCCAACGAGCAUCACCUCCCACUGGAGAUUGGGGAGACGGUGCACAUCCUGCAGGCGUCCGAGGGCUGGUACCGCGGGUACUCGCUCAGGAACAGGGCUGCCCGGGGCAUCUUCCCGGCCUCGCUGAUCCGCCUGAAGGGCGCGGUGGUGGAGCGCAGGGGGGCGGAGGAGAGCGUGGUGCCCGCCGAGAUGCCCAUGGUGCAGGAGAUCACCACCACGCUGCGGGAGUGGGCCGCCAUCUGGAAGCAGCUCUAUGUGACAGGGCAGGUGGAGCGGUACUGCAGGGUGAAGCAGAUGAUGUACGAGCUGAUGGAGCAGCGCUCACAGCUGCUCUCGGGUACGCUGCCCAAGGACGAGCUUCUGCAGCUCAAGAAGGAGGUGACCAGCAAGAUCGACUAUGGCAACAAGAUCCUGGCGCUGGACCUGGUGGUGCGGGACGAGGAUGAGAACAUCCUGGACCCCGACAGGACCAGCAUCAUCAGCCUCUUCCAGGCGCACAGGAGGGCAGCACAGACCGUCACUCAGCGCAUCCAGGAGGAGACGAGCUCGCAGCAGAGCCAGCCGGGCUGCAGCGCACGCCUGGCGGCUUCGCCCUCCCACAGCCUCUAUCUCUGCGUGCGCAACUUCGUCUGCAACAUCGGCGAGGAGGCGCAGCUUUUCAUGGCUCUGUACGACCCGGGAGAGCAGCGCAUGAUCAGCGAGAGCUACGUGAUCCACUGGGCCAGUACGGGCGUCCCGCGGGACAUCGAGCUGCUCAACAACCUGCGGGCCAUCUUCACGGACCUGGGCAGCAAGGACCUGAAGCGAGAGAGGCUUUUCCUGGUGUGUCAGAUCAUCCGGGUGGGCCGCAUGGAUCUGCGUGAGACCCUCAGCCGCAAGCUCAGCACCGGGCUGCGGCGGCCCUUCGGCAUCUCGGUGAUGGACAUCACUGACAUCACCAAGGGGAAGUGUGAGAGUGACGAGGACAAGCAGCACUUCAUCCCUGUGCACCUGGCGGCUGCUGAAAACGACUUCCUUCACAACAUGAUCAGGAAAGCAGUGGAGGGGAAGGACAUCAACCACAAAGGACAAGGGUUCUGGUUGUCCCUGAAGAUGCUGUGGGGAGACCUGAACCAGGUGCGCAAGGACCACCCGCACCUCGUGGACCGCAGCACGGUGGUGGCACGCAAGCUGGGCUUCCCAGAGGUCAUCAUGCCAGGGGAUGUACGGAACGACAUCUACCUGACACUGGUGCAGGGAGAGUUCGACAAGGGGAACAAGAAGACACAGAAGAACGUGGAGGUGUUGGUGUGCGUCUGCGAUGAGUCGGGCAGUGUGGUGCAGAAUGUGAUUUACCACGGGGCGGGAGACAAGCCGGCCAGUGAGUACCGCUCCGUGGUGUACUACCAGCAGCGGCACCAGCGGUGGAUGGAGACGGUGAAGAUUGCAGUUCCCAUUGAGGAUGUCCACAAGACCCACCUGCGGUUCACCUUCAGGCACCGCUCCUCCAGUGACACUAAAGACAAAAGCGAGAAGAUUUUCUCCAUGGCCUUUGUGAAGCUGAUGCGCCCUGAUGGCACCACGCUACGUGAUGGGGAGCACGACCUCAUCCUGUACAAGGGGGACAGCAGGAAGCUGGAGGACGCGGGCUCGUACCUGGGGCUGCCCUCCACCAGGAGCUCCCCGGAGCCCCGGGUCCUCUCUGGGUCCUCGUUCCGUGUGGGUGGGAGCGUGGCAGGCCUGGCUGUGUCAGCCCGGGACAGCUUCCAGAUCUCAACGCUCGUCUGCUCCACAAAGCUGACCCAGAAUGUGAACUUGCUGGGGCUGCUGAAGUGGCGGGCCAAGCCCAGCCUGCUGGCGGGGAACCUGCAGAAGCUGAUGCAUGUGGAUGGAGGGGAGGUCAUCAAGUUCCUCCAGGACACGUUGGAUGCUUUGUUCUCCAUCAUGAUGGAGAAUGCGGACACUGACGUCUAUGACACGCUCAUCUUCGAUGCCCUGGUGUUCAUCGUGGGGCUGGUCGCUGACAGGAAGUUCCAGCACUUCAAUGCCGUCCUGGAGGCGUACAUCCGCCAGCACUUCAGUGCCACGCUCGCCUACAAGAAGUUGAUCGGGGUGCUGACACAGUACGUGGAGCAGGCGAGCCGGGGGGAGCCCUGCGAGCCCCUCCUGCGCACCUUCAAGGCCCUGGAGUACGUCUUCAAGUUCAUCGUCCGCUCCCGGCACCUCUUUGCCCAGCUCUACGAGGGGAAGGAGACGGCUGAGUUUCAGCGCUCGCUGCAGCGGCUCUUCCAGACCCUAAACCAGCUGAUGAAAUCCCCUCUGGAGGGGCCCACGCUGCUCUCCCAGGGAGCAGCCCUCAAGUAUCUGCCUUCCAUCCUGGAGGAUGUUUUUGGGAUCUUCGAUGCCUCUAUGCUGGGGGUCCUGCUGCGGGACUUCAUCGGCAACCUGCAGCCCCAGCGCCUGCUGAGGCAGAAGCUGCAGUCCCUGACCGACAUCGUCAACAGCAAAAUCUUCCAGUCCUAUGAGUGCCGAGACCUGCUGCUGCGCAUGGCCGUGCCCGUCCUGCAGGACCUGAUAGAGAGGGGCGAGGAGGAGGACGCCUGCGUUGAGCUGCUCAGCACCAUCCUGGAGGUGCUGUACACGGCCCAGAAGAGAGCAGAGGAGGACCGGCACAGGGAGCGUGGUGACUCGGAGCUGGUGAAGGUGAAGAGGCACGUCCAGCUGAUCCUGGAGCGGCUGCUGCACACCGUCAACCGGAGGGUGAUCGUCCUGGAGAGGGACAACAGCCUCAGGAGUCACUACGUGGCGUGCAUGGCCGCCAUCCUGAGCCAGAUGGAUGCAGACCAUUACCACUCCUACAUCCAGGCCUUCCCCUCCCGGCCUGAGCUGAUGGACUUCCUCAUGGAGACUUUCAUCCUCUUCAAGGACCUCAUUGGCAAGACAGUGUACCCCCCCGACUGGAUGGUGAUGAACAUGGUGCAGAACCGGGAGUUCCUGCGUGCCAUCAACCAGUUUGCCACCACCCUGACAGAGAUGUUCCUGAGCAGCAGCAGCUUCGAACUGCAGCUUUGGAACAACUAUUUCCACCUGGCCGUGGCUUUCCUCACCCAGGACUCCCUGCAGCUGGAGAACUUCUCACAGGCCAAGCGCACUGCCAUCCUGGCCAAGUAUGGGGACAUGAGAGCCAAGAUUGGAGCAGCCAUCCGGGACAUGUGGUACAACCUAGGCCACCACAAGAUCGAGUUCAUCCCAGGCAUGGUGGGCCCCAUCCUGGAGAUGACCCUUGUGCCGGAGCUGGAGCUGCGCAAGUCCACCAUCCCCAUCUUCUUUGAUAUGAUGCUCUGCGAGUACCAGCUGACCGCCAGCUUCAGCCGGUUUGAGGAUGAGAUCCUGCGCAAGCUAGACAGUGAGGUGGAGGGCGGCCGGGGCGACGAGCAGUACAAGCAGCUUUUUGAAAGCAUUCUGCUCAGCUGCUGCCGGGCACACCCCGAGCUGUCCCAGCCUGGGGAGAGCUUUGUGGCGUUGGUGACGGGGCUGCUGGAGCGGCUCCUCGACUACCGGGCGGUGAUGAAUGAUGAGAACAAAACCUACAGCAUGAGCUGCACUGUCAACCUCCUGAACUUCUACAAAGAGAUCGACCGCCAGGCCAUGUACAUCAGGUACCUGUACAAGCUGAAGGACCUGCACAUCAGCUAUGAGAACUACACAGAGGGUGCCUACACACUGCUGCUGCACGCACGGCUCCUCAAGUGGUCCGACGAGGCAAACACAGCACCCAUGCAGGGCCUGCACAGCCCCAGCCUGCACACCCAGCGCCAGCUGAAGGAGGCUCUGUACAACCAGAUCGUCAACUACUUUGAUCAAGGCAAGAUGUGGGAGGAGGCCAUCCAUAUCUGCAAGGAGCUGGCAGAGCAGUACGAGAGUGAGAUCUUUGACUAUGAGAUGCUGAGCGAGAUCCUGCAGCGAGAAGCCAAGUUCUAUGAGAAGAUCCUGAAGGUGCUGCGUCCCAGCCCAGACUACUUCGCCGUUGGCUACUACGGGCAAGGCUUCCCCACCUUCCUGCGGAACAAAGUCUUCAUCUACCGCGGCAAAGAGUACGAACGCCGGGAGGACUUCGAGAUGCGGCUGCUGAGCCCCUUCCCCAAUGCUGAGAAGCUGCAGACAACGUCCCCACCCGGCCCCGACAUCACGGAAUCCCCGGGGCAGUACAUACAGUGCUUCACUGUGCAGCCGGUGGAGGAGUCCAGGAUCCGACUCAGGGACCGCAGCAUCCCGGAGCAGAUCACCAAUUUCUACAAAGCCAAUCAUGUCCAGAAGUUCAGCUACUCACGGCCCUUCAAGAAAGGCCCAAAGGAUCCAGAGAAUGAAUUUGCAAACAUGUGGAUCGAGCGGACCACCUUCGUGACAGCCUACCCACUGCCCGGCAUCCUGCGCUGGUUUGCAGUGACCUCCACCACCACGACCACCAUCUCCCCCCUGGAGAACGCCAUAGAGACCAUGAUGAAAACAAAUGAGAAGAUUCUGAGUGAGAUCAACCGGCACCAGAAUGACCCCGGCCUGCCCAUCAACCCCCUCUCCAUGCUGCUCAAUGGCAUUGUGGACCCCGCCGUCAUGGGCGGCUUCGCCAAGUACGAGAUGGCUUUCUUCCAGGAGCCGUACCUGGAGGAGCACCCCGAGGACCGGGGCAACAUCGAGAGGCUGAAGGACCUGAUUGCCUGGCAGAUCCCACUACUGUCAGAGGGAAUCCGGAUCCACGGACAGAAGGUGACGGAGGAUCUGCGGCCCUUCCAUGAGCGCAUGGAGCAGUGCUUCGUGCAGCUGCGGGCCAAGGUGGAGAGCCAGUAUGGGGUGCGGGAGAUGAUCUCCUUUGAGGACCGGCGGAGCGGACGACCCCGGUCUGUGACCUGGGGACCAGACUGGGAGCGGCUGAGCCACGCCAGAGACAGCAUGGAGGCAUGCCCGAUCCCGAAGCCCACCCCACGGAGCGCCGAGGGCGAGCGCAGAGAGAGCCGCUCCAGCACGUUCUUCUCGUACCGCCGGCCGGAGCCGCGCCAGUCCACCUCGGAGCUGCCGGAGCCAAAGGAUGACAGGCGGAGGCACUCCUGCAGCGUGAGUGAGAGCGGCCCGGGCAGCCCCGACGGGAAGCAGCCGCCCCAGAGCCGCGACUCGGGGGGCGCUCAGCCCGGCCCCGCAGUGCCGUCCCCCACCGGGUUCUGCGGCCGCGUGAAGAGCGCCAGCAAAGCCCCACCGCUGCCGCGCCGGAUCAGCCCCGCGGUGUACGAGACCUUCCUGGAGGGGAGCGAUGCUGCGCACGGGGGAAAGGCACUGCCGUCGCUCGCAGAUGGGAGCAAAGCGCUGAAGUCACCUCCGCCGCCGCCCCCGAAGUCCAAACGGCUGUCCCAGCUCUGAACACACGGACGGGAGCGACGGGCCGCAGCUCGAGCGGCUCCCGGGCAAAUCCCCCCCCGCAGCUCCUGCACAGCCGCGGACUCCCGAGCGCUGCGGAGCUCCGCCGUCCCGCGGGCGUCGGCCGUGACCGCCCGCUGCCCCCCGCACUGCAGCGCUCCGGAUCGCAGCCCCCCGCCCGCCCGUCGCUGCGGCCCCCCGUGGCCGAUGGGACCGUCACCCUCACUGCCGGCGCAGUAUGACAGUGGUCCGUGCCCGCCCCGAGCCCUUUCCCCGCUCCUGCUCCCUCCCGGUCCCCCCAUCCCGCAGCCGCCCCCGGCCCGAGCCCCGCACGGGAUCCGUCCGGGCUGUGAGCGCAGGCGGGCAGCGCCGCGCGUUGUGCGGUGUUCGCUCCCGCAGCUCUCCGGCUUCCCAGCCGCCCCGCAUCGCCCAAUAAAGGAGCACCGCAGCAG